AGUUCCUCCAGUUUACAGCCGUGACCCUUGGCAACAGCUCUGUAUGCUAUGACUAUGGCAAGAAAGGACCCGGCUAAGGACGAACACCUUCUGGUUUCAGGUAUGAACCUGAGCGGACGAGAGCAGCACAUCAGCAGCGCAUCAGCAGACCACGUCAUCAGAACUGAUCCGACAUGAUGAAAAGACAGACUAUGUUAAUUGACCUGAUGGUGCUAGUAGGAGUCAUUGGUUUGAGCCACAGUGCCAUUCAGAGACCCGACUAUGAUGACACACCUAACCCGGAGUUCCUCAACCCAUCUUGGAUGGCCAACAUCCCAGAUAAUCAGCUGCUGUCUGAGGUCAGCAUGCCUGGGACCCACAACACCAUGGCCCUGUAUGGCGGUGUGUAUGCAGAGUGCCAGACCUGGACCUUGGCCUCUCAGCUCCGAGCCGGCGUCCGCUUCCUCGACAUCCGUGUCCGUUACGUCAAGGGCAACCUUACCCUCCAUCACGGGGUGUCUUACCAGCGGGGGCACUUUGGCCACGUGCUGGAGGGUGUGACUGAAUUCCUUCAAGAGUAUCCCAGUGAAACAGUGCUGAUGCGUCUAAGGGAGGAGUUUAGUGAGACGGGUGACAUCUACGGGGCUGUGGUAGACUACAUCCACCGCUACACUCACUGGGAUCUGCUGUGGCACAGCAGGCUCGUGCCAACCAUGGCAGAGGCCCGAGGGAAACUCAUCAUCCUGCAAGAGUUUUCUGGGCCAGACUUGGGGAUGCGCUAUGGUUCCCUGGACAUAGCUGAUGACUGGAAGGUACCCACACUGAAGUAUGUGGAGGACAAAUGGAAGAGCGUCUAUGAGCACCUGGAGGUCGCACCUGCAGGAAAUUUGGAGCAGAUUUUUCUCACCUUCAGCAGUGGAGCUGGUGUGUUUGCGCACCCCAGAGCUGUCGCUCAGCGCAUCAAUCCAAGACUGUACGACUACCUGAGGGCCAAGACUGACCUGAACCAGCGCCUUGGAAUCAUUUGCAUGGACUUCCCUGCUGCUCCUAUCAUUCAGUUGAUCAUUGACUUCCAACUAAGAGAUGUCACAAAGUAAAGCCAGACUUUUUAACCCAGUACCUAGAAAGACGAUGAUCAAACAUUAGGGAGGUAACAGUAGUCUGCUCAGUGACUGUAAAAUCAGUGAGAUAUGGAGGCUGAAUUCAGUAAGUGUGACAACACUACUUUACUGUAAUGAACCUCAGAUGAAACUUCUCAUUGGGUCAUUCGCCAAAGAUGCUGGGAAAAAACAUUCACAUAAAAAUAAAUCAGAAAUGGCAACUUGUGAAAAUAAACCGCAUUGGAAACUA